GAAUAGUGACAAACGAAAAUCUUUAACGGAAGAAAAAUCGACAUAAUUUAAAUGUUAAUCUAAAGAAAAUUGGUAAAAUAAAGUGGUUGACAUAUUAAAAGUGGUAAAACUAAUUACAGUUGAGCGAUAAAUUAUAGAAGUGAAAAAAAUUAAAAAAAUAAAAUAAUUUUAUAAAAAUAAUAAGUGAAUAACAUUGAAUUCAUUAAUUAAAAAUAUAAACAGUGAAAUUUUAAAUACAUGUUGAUCGUCUCGCCGAUAUCCUACACUAGUUAAAGCUCUUUACAAAAGAAAAUAAAGUAACCCAAGUGAAUGUUCCAUGAAAAUACAGUGAAAGAAAUAAAUGAAAAUUUUGAGAAACAAAAUCGAAAAAAUAGAAAAAUGUGUGCAUGAAUCUCAAUGCAAAUAUUUAAAUAUUGUUUAUCUUAUCUAGAAUUUAUUAAACGUAUGUAUUAUUGGUAGUAAACUUAUUGUUGUUCGUUCUUCUUUAUUUAUUUAUAUACAAAUAUAUAUUGUGGUUUAUUAAUAUUGAAACAAAAAAAAAAUCAUAUGAAAAUAUUUAUAAAAAUACAGAAAUAAAAACAAAACUACAACAAGCUAAAAAAAAACAAAAUUCUAAACAAACAAAAUAAAAGAAAAAAAUCGACCACCUCUGGCUUCUAAUCUACGUUAGAUUUGAAAGUGAAGAUUUAUGUAGGCGCGGCAUAUGCUUAACCACAGUAAAAGAUGUCUAUAUUCGGAAAUCAAAUGCAAUUUUUUUUUGAUAGAAAAUCUUUGGACAUUUUUGUAAAUUAAAUAAUUUAUUGUUGAAUUAUUUGAGUUGCAUCAACCAACAUUUCCUGGCUUAUCGUAACUCUUAAACCGGAUGUGUGAAUUCAUACAUUUCAACCACAAAUAAUAAAAGAAAAGAAGGAAAAUGGUGCACAAACUCUUCAUAAAAUUAAAUGAAAAAUAGCAAAUAUUUAUUGGCCAGAAGAAGCAGAAAACAAUAAAUAAUAUGAAAUGAAAUAAAAUAAAACAAAAUUUUAUAGAUGAAACAUGAACAGCCUCUAUAAUGAAAUAAACACUUUUAUACAAUCACUCGGUCAUUCAAUCAAAGGUUAACAAAAGGGUCCUUCGUAAUCCUGUCAAGUCACCUUUUUGUAAUAUAUACAUUCAUGCAUACAUAUAAUCACACACACAUAUCCUUAAUAUCACACACACAAAAGAAAAUUGUCACAUGUAUAUAAAAAAUCAAUUUGAAAUAAAAAAUUUCAAAUAAAGCAAAAACUGUUGGAGUGAAAAGCAAAAAGUAAAAUAAAAGGAAACAAAAGGACUAUAAUAAACAAAACAAAAUAAGAAUUGCAACAGAAAUAGAGAUAUAAAAAAAGAGUAUAGCAGCCCAUUGGCAAAUAAUAAUAACAAUAAAAAUAAGGAUCAUAAAAUAAAAUUAAGAAACCCCACCAACUCAAACAUGGCUGUACCCAUCGAUGAGGGCGUUUUGAAUGCCCUCAAGGGUGUAACCAGCCAAAAUACUCGUCUGCCUAAACCUUUAAUCAUUAAAGUUUAUGUAUCCAGUUUAAAACAAGAAUUCUAUCAAGAACGUCGCAUGCUGUUGGAGCUGGUAGGUCCAGAAUUACAAUCGAUGUACGAUGACCGUCAAAUUGAAGUUGAAAUUAUUGAUAUGCAUUUUGGCACUGGCAGCCUGGAUAUAACAGAAGUCGACAAGGAUCCUUAUAUUUUGCAGGAUUAUUUACAUGAAAUUGAAACGUGUGCUCUGUAUUCAAAGAGUGUCUUCUUUAUGGCAUUAAUAGGCGACAGUAUUGGCAGUAUGCCAUUGCCCAUACUAUUGGAUAAGGAGGUCUAUGAUGCUAUUUCAACUGACAAUACUUUAACACACAGAGAACGACAAUUGUUCAGCAAGUGGUAUACGCUGGAGACAAAGCAGCAAUGUGGGCAACAGGAGGUGAUGACGGCUGUCGAAGGCAAUGGCAAUAUACAAUGUGAUGAUGGUGAUGACACAUUUAAAAGGGUUCAAUAUAAACUCAAACAGGACUAUCGCAAUAUGGUGCUUGAGAAAUGGAACGAAGAAUAUGUUGAAUUGCGUGACAUUAUUGAUAAAUGCCUGCAACGUAUUUUGCGCGGAGACACUGUGCUGGCAAAAACAAAAACUCUAACGCCCGAUAUGCAGCAAUAUUUGCAAAAGUUGCGACAGACACAAAUGGAACAAGAAGUACUGAAGGCAUUGGAACUUUCCAAUGAAAAAAUUCUGGCCGUUUACCGCGAAUGGUCAUCAACGCAAUUGAGUGUGAAGGGUGCUGAGAGUUCGGAACGUUUGCGUACAUUAAAGGAUCAACUGACAAUGAAUUUAUCAACAGACAAUUAUACAACAUUAGUUGUGCCUGGUGAUUGCUGUGACAGCGGCAUAGAUCCUGACAAUGAACAACACGAAACGUAUUUGAGUAAAUUUAAAAAUAAAGUUUUUGAUAAAUUGCGAAACCUAAUAGAAGAACAUAUUGCCAAUGAUCCCGAUGUUAUAAAGGGUAGAAAAAAGACUGUACAGGAAAUAUUUCAUGAACAUUCAACACAUUUACGCAUUUUAAAGGAACAUCAUGAAGCAAAAGCCUUAAUUAAAUCACCCGUAGUAGAACGUUUGCAACAAAAUUUAAUGGCAAAUUUCCGUAAUGGCAGUCGUCAUGCUCCUUACUUUAUACGUGGCACGCAUGGCAGUGGCAAGAGCACACUAAUGACCGAAUUGUAUCAUGAUUGCAAGAAUUGGUUUCAGCCACAAACACGAGUCCAUCGUAUAGUACGUUUUGCUGCAGCCUCUCCAAGAUCUGCCUACAAUUUGGAAAUGUUAAGAGUGCUGUGCCAGCAAAUAUCAAUUAUCUUUAAUAUACCGGAAGGUUAUCUGCCCAAAGAUGCCUCAUUCGAUCCCUUGUACAUAAACAACUGGUUCCAGAAUCUAUUGCGACGCAUUGAGGACAUGAAUUUUGAUGUUCUUUUCCUGUUCAUAGACGAUUUGCAUUUACUAAAUCCCUUGGAUUGUGAUAUUGUGGCCGCACUCUCCUGGUUACCCACCUCUCUACCCUGGAAUGUGCAAUUGAUAUGCUCCACCACCACACUGGUGGAACAUCUGAAAUUUACACAAAUGCAAAAGGAUCGUUUCAAGUCAACGGAAUAUUUGUUUGAUUUAUCCAACGAGAUGAAUCACACGGUGUUGAGGAAGCAAUUGUCCACCGACAAUAAUUUAACUUUUAUAGAAUUUUUAGAAAAGCAAUUUGAUAACUUAGAAUUAAAAUAUGGUAGAAAAGGUUUUGGUCGUUUGGCUGCCUAUAUAACUUUAUCGGAAUUUGGUUUAUCGGAAACGGAACUGCUGGAAUUGUUAAUGCCCAUCGAUGAUCCAGAGGCCUGUAUCACAUCGGAGAGGGGACAAUUUUGUUUUUCGUCGUUUAAGAAAAUACACAAUGAAAUGAGUUUCUUGUUGCGCGACAAAAUCAUGUCCGGCAAAGUCUUAAUCCAAUGGCGUUAUCCCUACUGCAAGCAAUUGUCACGUUCACGCUACAUGGAUGCGAACAGUAUACGUUCCAUGCACAUAGCCAUUGCCAACAUAUUUUUCCCCGCCGAUCCCGAUGAUCAAGAGUUCGAAGGUGAUGAGGACGAGAGUACGGAACGUGAAAUUAGUGAUGACAAGCAAUCGUUGGCCAGUCAAACGACCAUGAAAGAUCGAGAUACUUUCUCAGCGGGUCGUAAACCAUCGGCUCACCCGAAUGAUGACACCUCGACGUUCUAUAAUCCCAUGGCGGCAGAUGUCUCGUACAGUAUGCGUCACGUGGAGGAGAGUUGGCAUCAUUUGAUGCGCUCCGAUGACAUGGACAAAUUCAAACAGAUUGCUGUGUGUAAUUUUGAUUUUCUAUUGGCAGCGGUACAAACUGUAUCCAUAAGUUAUUUACGUUGUUUAAUCGAACAUGUACGCUGUUAUUUGUUGGAUCGUGAUAUAGAACUUAUUUAUUAUACGAUAAGAAAAUCAAGUGAUGUUUUAACACGUGACCCCAUGCAACUGGGAGCCCAGCUUAUAGCCUGGUUAAGACCGAUUAGUGAACAUGAUGAAAAUGACACUUCAUUAUUGAGCAUGACGGUACGUUCGGCGACCGCCUGGUGUGAUGGUUACACUGUGCCAUUGCUAGUGCCCUUAACUGGUUGGUUACCGGCACCAUUACCCUCCCAAAUACGCACAAUGACAGUGUCGGGCACGGGGCCAAUACGUGACAUUUGUGUGGCGCCCAGUAAGCAGCAUUUAAUUUUGGCCACAAAAUCUGGUGAUGUUCAAUUGUGGCACAUAAUGAGCAAUUCAUUGGAACACAUAUUUAAAGGUCACACAGCCGCAGUCACGUGCCUGUUUGUGGCACCACAAUCUGAUCUACUGUUGACCGGUUCUGAAGAUGGUACUGUGAUUGUUUGGAACGUGACAACACGUGAGCAGAAAAUCCUUAUUAAUUCGAAUACUUCAAUUGUGACCAGUGUAGCUGCAGGUGUCAAUAACUCGGUGAUUAUAAAUGGCAGUGAAGAUUCUACAAUUGUUAUAUCGGAUAUAAAUACCGGUAAAAUGUUACAUAAAAUUACACAUCAUCGUGCUGCCGUGACGAGUGUUAAAGUUGUGACCGCUUGUGAUGUUUUAAUAUCAUCGAGUCAUGAUAAAACCAUCUGUUUAUGGUCAUUGGAUGAUUAUAGUCUAUUGAAUAGUAUGCAAAUGAAUAGUCCAGUAUUACGUAUUGACAUAUCAUGUGAUUCGGUAUUUCUAUUGGCCCAUUGUGAUGAUAAUGGUCUUUAUGUUAGAACAUUAGCAACUGGCAAGGAAUUACACACACUUAAAGGUCAUAAGUCCAGAAUACGCACAAUUUCCAUAGCACGUGAUAGUCAGCGAGCCGUGGUGGGAUGUGAGGAUACUAGAGCCCUUAUCUACGAUAUGCACACGGGACGUUUAAUAAGAUCAAUGCCACCAAAUCCCGGUCCGGUAACAGCAGUUUAUGCCAUGGACAACGAUGACUUCCUAAUAACCGUGGGUGGCAAUAAGGUCACCUUCUAUUCGUUCCGCAAUGAGGAAUUGUACGUACAUCCCUAUUCGCACAACCAAAGAAGGAAACGUUCUUUGAAGAGAGCCACACAAUCACAGAGGUCUCCAUCGACAACACUACCACCGAUUACCUGCUUCGAUGUGUCACGUGAUUCACAAUUGGUGGCUAUAGCCUCGGGACGUCAUGUCCACAUAAUGCAAAUCAAUACACCCGAAUAUCAGACAACCUUUGAUGGUCAUGCUGCCCCAGUUACUUGUUUGAAUUUUGCGCCGAAUGGUGAAUAUUUGGUUACCGGCAGUGAUGAUCGCAUGGUGCAUGUUUGGAGUCUGGCCAUGGGUUCCAUAGCGAAUACGUUUAAGGGUCAUGUGGCUCCGAUAUGCAGUGUGGCAGUGUUAAUGGACUCAAGGCGCAUCAUGUCCUCCGAUCGUGAUGGUAUGAUUUAUGUUUGGAUGGCUGAUGGUGGCAAUCUAUUGCAGACCCUACAAGGACCUUAUAAAUCGUUGGCGGCCACCAACAACAUGAAAUUUGCCGUCUCCACAAAUGGCGAGAAUUUAUUGAAAAUCUUUUCACUCACCCGUGAAGAUGAAAAGUAUUCCGUUUCCCAUUCCGAUGAUAUAACUUGCUUCACCAUAACGGCCGAUAGUUUGUUUGUUAUAACGGGUUCACGAGAUAUGUCGCUUAAGGUGUGGCAAGCCACGGGCGGUAAGUUGGCUCAAGUUUUGGUGGGUCAUUCGGAUGCUGUGACUUGUGCAGCGGUCUCCGUGACAAAUAAGUCACAAGUUACUUCGGGUUCCAAGGAUACCAAUUUGAUUAUAUGGGAUUUACAUACAGGCGAGGAGAUUCACACUUUGGCUGGUCAUUUGGGUCCCGUUAUUGGUGUUAAGGUAUCGGCGGAUGGCUCGACAGCUGUAUCGGGCAGUGAUGAUAAAACCUUGAUUGUAUGGGAAACAAAACGUGGCUUGGCUUUGACCUCUUUGCAAUUGCAUGUACCUUUUCCACGAUUUGAUAUUAGUAUGGAUUGUUCAAGGAUUUUGGUUCAGCUGGUGGAUAGUUUCAAUUUGCCCGUUAUUUGUUUGCACAAUACGCCAGCUCAAUAUAUUAAGCUGCCAACAUAUUCAGCGCCCGCCAGAGAUGUGGAAGAUCUACGACCACAAGGCCCCAAACGUCAAAUGAAACGUUUGCUCAAGAAGGAAGUAUCACUGGACACCUAUACAUGGCAAAAGAAAUACGGACAUUUAACAUCCUCGGUUAUGAUGGCCCAGGUCGAUGAACGACUCAAACGUCGUUUUUCAGUGUCGGCCAGCAUGGAGGAAAUUUCAAAAAUAGCCGAAAUGAAAACCAUUACAUCACAAACAAAUCUGGGACCUGAACAGGCCGCCCUAGCACAAUCUCAACAUUUCGAUCAAUUAGAAGCACUGUGGAAUAAACGAUCACCACCCAGGCGAAGACACAAUGCGGGUUUGUCAAGACAAACAUCAUUGGUCGAGGAUCGUUUGGAGUCGUCGGAUGAUGAUGAUUAUCAUGAUGAACGCACAGGUAUGUUAUCAGCAUCCUAUGAUGAAAUUCAUAGAUUAGCACUCCCACCAACAACACCAACACUUCUAAGCAUGCAAACUACUCCUCCUCAAACACCAACACCAUCACAUAAAUCUACAACAACUACACAACGUUUACGACCCGUUUCUAUGCACGCAUGGAUCACAAGUAGUUGCAAAGCACUUCAUAGUAGUUACAGUAGCACUAGUCAUAACAAUUCAAACAAUAACCUAUCCAAUUCGAAUGAACUGUAUCCCUCCAAUUCCCCAACACAAGAGUAUGAAAAUGGUGCCACAACAGCAGCCAUUACUGCUACCACAGCUGUCAAUCACACCAGCACCCAGACCCACUUAACACCCGAGCAAGAGCGCAAAGACUUUAAGAGUUCUCUGCGUAGAGCAGCUCGUCAUCAGCCGGAUCUUGUUAGGGAUAUACAACCUUCGGAGACAGCCAACGAACCAGGGGAUAUUUUAAGUCAUGACCGCCGUUUAAGAUUUCGCAGUUUCUUUAGGUGGCGCAGUUUAAAGUCCCGGCUAAUGCCCAAACGCAAUUGCCACUCCUUGCAGCCACAAUCUCUGGCUAAUGUUCAUAUAACAGAGCAGGCUCUGAGACAAAAAUAUCAGCCUACUCCAACAGCAGCAGCAUCGCCAGCUACACCAGUCAAUCUUACCUCUCGGCCAAUGGGUCAUUUUAGGCGUCCCAAUCCCAUCAUAAUUGUAGAGAACUAUGAUCAUCGCAAUGUCAAACAGGUGCAAACACAAAUUUUACUACAUCCACAAAGUACUCAGGCCACUUGGGGUCAAAUUGUUAAUGCAGUGCCCAAUUUACCAAAAUCCAUAGAACCACCACCACCACCAACAGCCCCCAUUUUAACCACCCUAAAUACAACCUCUACCACCACAUGCCAGAGUAAAUGGCGUAUGUGGAAGGCAAACACCAGCCACAUAAAUGAAAUACCAGCGGAGGAAAAUAAACGUCUUAGUCUCAAUAGCAAUCGCAAAAGUAGCAGCAGUAGUAGUGGCAGCAGUUGUAGUGAUAAUGGUACCGGUUUUUGUGGCACUUCCUCGGCACGCUCAAAAUCUAAACUCAAAACCUCUACACCCACCACAUCAACUACAAACAGUCCAACCAACACCAAUAGUUGUAUUGCUCAAUAAAACCGAAAAGAAUCGGAUAGAAAACAAAUAUCAGAAACCAAUAUUCGUUGCAAAACUCUUCCACCCCAACCCUCCUGUCUCUCAUUUCAACUAUUUUUCUAUAUUAUUUUAUCUAUAGUUUAA